AUAACAACCAUUUUUCCAUUAAAGAAGAUGUACAUAAACAAAGCACUCAAAAACCAAAACUUAAAUCCAGCUUCCAAAUUCAGCUUCCGAGAUGAGAAUCUUCACCGCCAUAGCCGAAGACUAGGGUCUUCUCUCCUUAAUUUUUUUUAUCAAAAACUUCUCUCCUUAGCUUAUAAAAGUCCAUCACAACUCCUUUAAUUUCUUCCUUAGUCCAUUCAUCAUGCUGCGUCCUGCCAACCGGAGUUCCUUUCUUGCACCCGGACAACCUCCGAUACACCGCGUUCGACCUUUCCAUCUUCCUAGCCCCGACGUAAUCUCCUGGCCUUCUUUAGGCCGAGAGCUUCCUCUAUGUAUGUGCUGGUUUUUUAUCUCUGCAACCUCUGGCCUUUGUUUUGGUCCGUCUUCGUUAUCCUGGACGUCCGCGGCUUCGAGAGUUUAAAAGCUGACAGAGGAAAAAAUCAAAAAGCUAGAAUCAGUAUUCAACCCAUCUGCGCAGAAUGGGAAAAGAAGAGACAAUUUGGACCAAGACACAAAAUUAAACACUAAAGAAAGUAGGAGAAAACGAAAGAGAUGAAGAUGAGGAAGGCGGUGCUGGUUUUGGCUGCGCUGACAACCGUUUCCACCGUCCUGGCUUUAACGCUUUCCAUGGCAGAGCUUGAAGGGCAUGGUUUAAGAUCUGGCUGGUGAACUAAAUCAAGUUAUUUAGUGAAAUGGUUGCAUCGAUUUUAUGUUAAAAGGGCAAUAUUGGAAUCUAAAUCAAUUGGAGGCUGUAUUUAGCAAAAUGGUGUUUGUAAAUAGAAUUAGCCAUGGUAAAAUUGAAGUAUACUCCCUCCGGUUCUUUUUAAACUUCAAACUUUCCUUUUUGGGACGAUCCAAAAUAAACUUCACACUUCCUUAUUUCCUUAUUUGGCAAAGAAAUCUACAUCAAACAGUGUUAAACAGUGCUCAACAGUGCCAAACAGUGUCUCAACAGUGCCAAACAGUGUCUCAACAGUGCCAAACAAUGUCAAACAGUGUCUCAACAGUGUACUCUACAGUAAAGUCAAAUUUAUUUCUUUAAUCAAUGUGAAGUCAAACUGUGAAGUUUAAAAAGAUCGGGAGGGAGUAGUACAUAAUAGAGUAUAUG